ACAAGGAUACGGGUGUGUUAUCGUCAUCGUCGUUGUCGUUGUCGUCGUGCUCGUCGUCGUUGUUGUCGUCGUCGUAUUUAGUUGUUCAAAUCAUAAGUUUGUUGUUUGUUCCCCGGUCUUGUGUGAAUACUACUACUACCAUUACUAUUACUACUACUCUUACUACACUAUCCGCUAAGGAGCCGCGUGUGCCGCAAGCUAAGUAAGUUGGUAGAAAUCGCUCGCAAGUCGUAGUGUCCGUGAAAGAACGAGCAAAACGCCAGGAAUACUUUCGAUCAGCGUUCAGCGAAUUCAAGAACGGUUCCGUCGAGUAAAGCACCUAAAAGUCCCGGCAAAAACCAUCGUCAACCGGUAUAGAGCGGGAAAGCUUGCCAGUGGAAAAUCGUGCCUCCCAGUACCAACGCAGCCCAUUGGCUUGAGCCAAAAUCGUGGUAGUAAUUGUAGCAUACACAUUCACACACUAAGACCGGACAAGAAAGGAGCAGACUGGUUUUGGUGUCUUGAAAACAAAACUCUGAUUGUGACGUGGAACGAAGAGACGCGCUCGUAGAUGCGGUUUUGUCAACGUUGGAAAAGAUGCAGAGGAGCGGUGAAGUAUGCUGAUAGCGGUUCGUGAUUUAAAUACACCCGCCAAAGGAAGCAGUAAACAGAAGUGCCCAACCGAAACGUUAACGUAAAACGAAUAUCAACAAACCAAUAAGCAAGGAGCAUGCACGCAGAUGCGAAAUGUAAAAACAAAUAAGAUAGAAAACCAACUAUCAUCACCGACAGCGAGCAAGCAGGUGAAGCUGUAAACACAUGUAUAAAGUAUCAACAAUCGUGGAAGUAGGACGAUAGAAAGUCAACCCACAAACAAGCACACAUACUCAAAACAAACACUAAGCUCUGAAUCAAUCGAAAAAUCAUUACAGGGAUUAUAUAGGUUACGAAAAGUGUACGUUAGUCACGCAUUUCUGUAUGUAUGUGUGUAUGUAAUGCUGGCAAUUUAGAAGACGAUGAUGGUAACAUUUGCUUGAGCCUUUUCCUCGAAAUUAGCAACUCCUUUAACAAACCUCCCAUCCACAGCCUAAAAAGGACAAGCACACGAGAAGGCAACUAGAAGAAGCCUAGCUCAAGAAGCGAAAAUCGAUAAAAAAGCUCCUCGCGGAACAAAAGGAACAACAACAGCUGAAAAGCAAAACGACGCUGUUGAACAAAACAAUCCAUCUAAAAGUGGGUGCAACGUAACAACUGUGUGGAAUAGAAUUUCGCCAGAAAACGACAACCCUGUCCUUUUAGUCUGCGCGACGCGUAAAGUUAAAGAGCGCACGAGGUUGUAUUAAAGCUCACAGCUACGGGCGACGGAUCAGCACGGAUGCGGACAGUCAGCCGCCGAUUGAUGCCAGUGUCAGCUGGAGUGCGUGAUAGCGUUGCAUCCGAGUGAAGGGAAAACCGGACAACGUGAGCUGGCUUUUCCAUCUGAACUGGCCUGGGAAAACUGCGUGUGCGAGCGGGCGAGCGAGAGUGCAAUUGUGUCAGGGCGAGAACGCACGAGCCGAGCAAGCGAGAGUACGAGCGAGAAAGAGAGAGAGAGAGAAAGAGAGUGAACGAGUAAACGGCCGCAUGCAUUGCCGUCAAUAAUCAACAAUCAGUCAGUCACUCAGUCAGCCGCCAGUGGCAGCAUAAACAGCAUACACUUGCAGCAGGAGAAGUGGUAAUAUAUUGACUGCAUCCCUUCAGUGCCGUUCGCAAUCGGUGCAUCGUGGCAGUUGUGUUGCAAACGAGUUUCGUCGAUCGGUGUUUUUUUGUUGUUUUCAUCACUCGCGUAUACACUGACUUUAAGCAGCGUGUACUGUAACCGGCGCAAAUGCGUGUGGAUGCGUUUUUUAGUGGAACGAAGCGAAACAACUAAAGUUCUUCAGGUGUGCAGUCCAGGUGUGUUGCUUAAGUGAAAGUGAACAACGGUACAACGCGAACAUAGCCGCUUUCCCCUUUCUUCCAAACUAGCCGCAGUGGUAGUGUGUUAGUGCUUUGUUGCGUCUUCGUUCCCAAGGUGCCAUUCUCGUAGUCGAGCCCAUGUCUCGGGACAAAAGUCGCUAGCAGACCGGCAAAUCAUCCCAGAAGCGUGGCGAAAGUAUAAUACAAAAUUAGCAUUAGCAACAGCCUAUUAGUCGAACGCAUUAGCGCAAUAGCGGGUUCGCUAUCGGAAACACACAAAAGCAAACUAACGACCCCAACCAACCAAAACAAACAAACGCGAAACUGAGCAGGAGAACCGCAACCAUCACAUCAAAAAAGUGCCUAACUAUUUCCGUUUUGCGUUUCGCUUAAAUCUGUUGUUGUAUUGGUCCACUAACUCCCUGUCCAGAACACCCCGUCGAUUUGCGUGGACCCGUCCGUAGAAAACACGCUUACCGUACCGGAUCUGAACAGGCAUGCAAGCGGUGCUGGGAAACAGCGUGUAGCUAAGGAUUGUCAAGGAUUGUUCGGAUUCCCAGAAAACCAAAAAAGCCCCGUUGUACUUUAGGCCACCAGGUAAUGGUUGUGUUACGUUUCGGGUAGCUGGUGAAAGGAGUGGAAAAACAAAUCAAAACGCAUUAAAUUGAAAAGUGUGCGCCCAGUAGUUUGCUCCCUUGUGGUGGUAGUAUUAACAAAACAUAAUACACACACAUACGCGCGGAUUAGUCGCAAUGCUGCGAGUGUGCUAAUACAAAAGUGAUAAAACUAUUAAAAAAAAAGAAACACUCCCUCGCACCCUCCAAAAACAAAACAAAAAUUCGUGUGCCGAUUGUUAUCAUCGCGAUUGUUAUUUGAGCUAAAACCGUUUAGAAACUCGAUGAAGAAAUCGUAGCAGUAUAGGGUAGGUGCAGUAGUGUUUCGCCUUUCCGAAGCCUUUGCCAACUGGAGGAGUGUUCCGUUCGUACUGCUGUUACAAAGGUGUAGUUUUGACCGCGUUCACUUCAAGCAACGUGCGAGGAACGCGAAUGCUGGCUGGUGUUUGAUGUGAACAUUGAUUUUCCUCGUUUUCCCCGGCAUUUGGUAGUGCGUUCGUGCACUUACCUGUCUACGCAGAAGAACUGUGCCCAUUAUCGCGUCUGCUUCCAGCAAUCGAUUAAAGCGGAUACAAAGUUAAAGGAGCUACGGCGAGUGCUGCGAAAAAUCCCAACACGACUAACAAGCAAUCAAAAUCCUUGGAGCCCGGCUCUGGACCAUGGUGUAUUGAACAGAGCAGUGUGUGUGUGUGUGUGCUUCCGGACGAUCGUGACUACUGCGUAACACGUUACUAACAAAAGGUGGAGGUUGAACAAAGUGAUAGGAAAUAUUUGUGAUAUCAGUGUCUGAGUGUGUGUGUGUCUCGUGACUGUCGUACCAGCUUCCAACCAGAUCGUCGAAAACUCUAAACCAAAAGGCAAAAAGAGGAGAGAGAAAAAGAAGAAACUCGGUAACCUUCUUCACAUAUCGGAAUUUCACUUGCGAAUGCUGAUCUCGUCGGCAUUUUCGUUUCGUAAAAUUUAAAUCAACCCACCCACGAGUGGGUUUUGCUGCGGACGUGACUAGUGCAUACUUCCACAAGGCAAAACGGCAUAACUUCCAUUCCGCCCACCAAACCUUCCUCAACCCCACCCCCGGGGUUACAUUACGCCCAGCAGUCAACUCCGCCAGCUUCACUCGUGGUUCGGCCGAUGGUUCUAAUAAUAGUUCCGCAAUAACAAUAUCAUCACUUUCGCCCAUCAUCUCCAGUGGCGGAGAGUUAGAUUCCGUUCCGAAACUCGUGCGGGGUCUACCGGUCCCUACGCCUACCCGCCAAAGCAAAAAGUCGAGUUUUAAAGUGCAAAGUGUGAAGAAAGCAAGGAACGUCGUACGGUCGUCGUUGUCGUCGCGCGCGUAUUCCGUUGUGAUAUUAUUCGCUAUCGGUUUGGUGAUUGUGUGUACGAGCGUGAUUGUGUUCGUCGUCGCUGUUGUUGUCAGUGCCAGUCUCGAGUGCAGGUUUCGCGUAUGUUCACGGUGUAAGUGCUCCGCGUUUGUCUGUGCAUAUUGUUUGAUUUUUGGUGUUUGAUCUGGUGUAUCAGUGAAUGUGUCUGUGAGUGUUUCAGUGUGUGUGUGUUUGUGCAACGUCGUACAGAGAAAGCCCUCACUCCCUCUGACCGCGGAGUGUUGUAUCCGGCUUUUCUGCAGCUCUUCCCCCACAUCCCGGUUGGGAUUGUUUGAUCUGAGAUGCUGUGAUCGGAGAAAUAUUAUUCGCCGACCAACUUCAACAGUCCCACUCGUAUCCGCCUUCCGGUGCAAACCGAUCGGUUCCGUGUGAGCGUGUGAUUUUCCGAUAUUCCCGUUGCAGUUUUUGCCCGCGCCCUGCAAAUCCCAGAGGGAUCGCCGUGGUUGAGGUGUUAAGGCCGCGGGGUGACCGAGUGUUAAAGGCAGGUGGAAAACAACCAACGUGCGAAGUGAUAGCGCCGCGAGCAAAUAUUGCCAAGUGUGGUGGAAAAUAUUGAUGAUAUUUUCUGGGAAUCAUAAAAGUCAUCUGCUGCUGCUGGUGGUGAGUGUGCGUGUGUGAGUGCAGCCGGUCGGUCGGUCUGUUUUUUCGCCAUUGUUGCUUUCCGUGUUGUGUGGAAUUUGGAAAGGUUUCGAUUUCGUUUGUUCUCACGGGCAACAGUUCACGGCAGUACUCGGCCCAAACGCGCAUUUCGUGGCAGGGAAAUAUAUGCAACUGACGAAAAAAGCAAACCGGUGUGUGCGGGCGGCAUAAACGCAAGGAAAAUUCUCAGCCGAAAGUUUGUGUGCUUGUGCAAAGGAAAGAGUGCUGGGCUGUGUGUGUGUGUGUGUGAGGGCGGGAAUCGCUUAUUCUACCGGGAAAUCGCAUAUCGUACUAGUGUUGUGAAUAACCUGAAGCUAAGAGGCGAGCUUGAAGAGAUCGUUUGCUCGAGCGCUGCGAAUAGAUAUAAAUCGGCGCCCAGUGUCGGGAAGGGCGUCACAUUCACUCUGCGACAAAUCGUCUCCAGUGCCGACUCUAGCAUCACGUUAUUGCGUUUCGACAUCAUCAACAGCACUCUGCAUACAUGUUAGGCUGCGCGUUUUUGACGUACUUCAGUCCGGAAAGCGCCGUUAACGGUCAGGGCGCGUUACAUGAGAAGCAGACACUACCUGGGGAUAAUGGAGGCCAAUUUCUUCGUUCAGAAGAGAUCGCCACCUCUUCUGACAAAAUGAAUCGAUGAACCGUGCUAUUCAAGUCAAGCCAGCGGAUAGCGAGAACCGCGGUGAUCGAAAGCUUUUCGUUGGCAUGCUUAGCAAGCAGCAAACUGAAGAGGAUGUAAGACAGUUGUUUAACGCGUUCGGAACCAUUGAAGAGUGCACGAUCCUGAGAGGACCGGACGGUGCCAGCAAAGGUUGCGCCUUUGUUAAAUUUACCUCGCAUCAAGAAGCUCAAGCUGCUAUAACAUCACUUCACGGUAGUCAAACUAUGCCGGGUGCAUCCUCUAGCUUAGUGGUAAAGUUUGCUGACACCGAAAAAGAGAGGCAACUCCGUCGUAUGCAGCAAAUGGCUGGCCAUAUGAACCUGCUGAGUCCGUUUGUGUUCAACCAGUUCGGACCGUACGGCGCCUACGCCCAGCAGCAGCAGGCGGCCCUGAUGGCGGCUGCAACCGCACAAGGAACGUAUAUCAAUCCCAUGGCUGCACUAGCAACACAAAUACCUCACGCGUUGAACGGUUCCGGACAGCCAGUAAACGGUGCCAUCCCCUCUCUACCAUCGCCCACGAUGCCUACCUUCAACAUGGCAGCACAAACGCCCAACGGUCAACCGGCCGGCUCGGAGGCGGUUUACACCAACGGAAUACCCCAGACCUACCCAGGACAUGCUCUUCACCUGUCGAUACCCGCUCAAGGACUUCCGAACGGAGAUGCUGCCCUACCGCAUGCCGCCUACCCUGGCAUCCAGCCGUAUCCCGGUGUCGCCUACCCAGCCGUUUAUGGACAAUUUCCGCAAGCUAUACCGCAACCGAUUGCUGCCGUUGCACCAGCACAACGCGAAGACAUGUUAAUGUUCCCAGGGUGCUCCAUAUCGGGCCCGGAAGGUUGCAACCUGUUCAUCUACCAUCUGCCACAGGAAUUCGGUGACGGAGAGCUGAUGCAGAUGUUUAUGCCCUUCGGAACUGUGAUAAGUUCUAAAGUCUUCAUUGAUCGAGCUACAAAUCAGAGUAAAUGUUUCGGUUUUGUAUCGUUUGACAAUCCAGCCAGCGCACAAGCUGCGAUUCAAGCCAUGAACGGUUUUCAGAUUGGUAUGAAAAGACUGAAAGUUCAGCUGAAAAGACCAAAGGAUGCGAAUAGACCCUAUUAACAAUCAGAGAUUAAAAGCGCUUUAAAAAGUGCUUCUGCUGAAGCUUUAAAAUAUGAAGUUAAUCCUUAGACAAAUUUAAUCUAAUAUCAUCAAUUAUCAGUGCAGUUAUGAAUAGAAACAAACAAAAACAACUACAACCAAUCGCUUAAAGUUAAAUAAUGAACUCACACAGACACACUACUUAAAAACAAAACAUAUGGAAAGGAGCAAACAUUUACGCUACUCUAUAUAUAAAGCAAAAACAAAAAAAAAUCCUACAUGAGAGAAAAAAAAUACACGAUUACAAAGCUAUACAACACUGUUGCAAAGUCAGUGACUUUUGUCUUACACAAAAAACCGAUGUACCAACUAUACGCGCCCGCCAGCAACACACAACAGUCCGUGAUGAAAAGAAGGGAUGAAGUGUGAAAUGAAAGUGCUUUUGGUGCGUACAGCACAACCGGCAUCAUCCAGCGGAGCCACAACAGUCAAGAGGGAGACAGCAUAUGACAGUGACUACACGAUUGCAGCUGGAAACAUGUAAUGCAGCCGGUGGAAAAAGUACAUUUGUUUUACCAAAAAUGGAGGCUAGUCCAAUGUUUGCCAACCAAUGUCGUGGUUAUAGGAUAGGAGGAGUAAGUGAAUUAUCGUAUACUUAAGUUUAUCUAUAUCUAGAUACAAAUCAAAACUCUCUCGUAAAAGGAACCGAGUUCCCAUCGAUUAGCGAUGUGGAACCAAGAAAACGUGUUUCAUUCAGGUUCGGUAACAAAAAUUCUCUAGCGCACACAAUUUAUUACAUACAUUAGGUUCACUUAUGCAAUUUUAAUAUGACACAAUACACAGUUCAGCAUUACAAGAACGUUAUUAAAUGCAUCUUCAAACCAAUAGUGAGGCUACAGCAAAGCGUAUACUAAUAACAUUUUUCAGAUAAUCUAUUAAACUUUGCUCAUUUAUGUACUCACAUUUUUACGCUACUGAUCAUGUACUAAGAAACGUUAAAUGCCCGUUCAUUAUACUAACAAUGGAAUUGUAAAUAACGUGCCACAAGGUACUUUUUAAUUGUCAUUCUUGUUUUCUCGCUUUUCUAGUGCACAUCUUAACCGCUAUAAUUCGACAAACGAAAUUAUAUCAACUUUAGACCAAAACACUUUUAUUUUGAUUCACUAGCUGCAUAGUAAAUCUUUGUAUCUAAGGAAAACUCAUUAGCAGUGUUAUUACAAAUAUAUAUAAUGCUGUUACACUACUUGUUUCUUUCUUCUUUUACUCGCACAGUUUCGUGUGAAACUGCUCGUUUAGCAAAACAUAAAAACGCAUUCAUCAUAGUCUAUAGGGCUCUAAGAGACAAAUGGGAUGGUACGGUUUGCUUUCUUUUCGUAUGGGUUUCUAAAGUUUUUUCGACUGCUAAGGAAUUCGAAGGAAUACGGUGAAACUUACUUUGCCUAUAUGUUAAUACAUAAAAAGAGUGUUAUUUGUUUCGAUAGCUUCAAGCCCUAAUCAACAACUAAAGCGUAAAAUUUGCGACACAGGAAUUAGUUUUAAAUAGUGCAUUAGCAGUGUGGCAAUAAGCCUCGUUUAACAGCACUUAGCAAUUAUUCAACAUAUUGUUAUGAUUUGAGCCAACAUAUUAAGAUGUAAAUUAUAUUACUACGUUAAGUAAUCAUUUACCAUCAUUAUCAACCCUUUUGAAUGCAACAAACAGGUGAUGAUUACUUCCGCAAACCACAUUUGUUAUCGGAUACAUAACAAUAAUAAUUUAAUUAUAAAAUAUACAUUUAAAACAUUGAUUUUAAAAAAAUUAAAUUACAUGGUUCUAUUUCCUUAACAUUUUUUUAAAUAAGUUUAGUAAGACGUUUUACUUUAUACUUCAUAAUUGAAGAAGUGCACAUAUAUACGAAGAGUUUUUUUUGCGAUCAAAUCGACAUUAAAAUAAAGUUUUAAAAUUUUCCGCAAUGAAACAAAUACAGUUAGCUCAAUCCUAUCCUGAAUGUACGUGGAUAACGUUACCAACGCUUUUUGUUUUGUAGCCCAGGUUUGCAUCGUUUUACCUAUUACAGUAUUAAUUUAAAUUUGUAUAAAAACACGUUCCUUUUGUCUAUCGUGGCCCCGGCUUCGCUGUGCGUCUUUUUACUGAGACAAGCAUGUAUGAAGGGCAUUAUUGCAAAAAACUGCACAUUGCGUUUCCGUUUUAUCACACUAGUCAUUUUGUAGGCUAAGGUAAUAUCAUCUUAAAAAUCUACCCAUGCCCGCCAUCAUUGAGCUUUGCGUUCGGUAGUUUGCAUCCCUCCAGGGCCUGUGCCACCAGUAGCCAGGCUGGAAAGUCUAGUAAUCGGAUUCCUGCCUAAAAUUUAAAUAAAAACCAAAACGAACACUCGUACACUGAUACAUACACACACACACACGAAAAUAUUAGGGAAUGUAGUAAUAUAGAAACAAACGAUUAACUUCAUGCAUCAAAGAUUUAAACUAUAAUAUUUGAAACGAGAAAACGCGUGUGUGGGUUUGUGUGCGUGGUCAGCAGUAAUUAACAUAAAACCAACUCGUAUUAGAGAAAAUAUUGAGAACCUACAGCUAAGCAAAGCCAAAAAGAAACAAACAUAUACACUCGUUUAUCGAGAAGCGGUAACUCGUGUCAUCGAAUCCAGAUAUGGUUCGAGCAAGCUGCACGAAUGACUACGAUACAUUAUUUCUAACACAAAACAAAACUUUAACAUUGAACAACAUUAACACUAGUGCUAGAUUUACGUAAAAACUAAACCAAACAAACCAAUAUUAACAAUAAGUAGAGAGAUAAUAAUUUUUCCCUUCCUUCAGCAGCUAUUUUCCGUUUUACGCUGUACUCUCCGGUGCAAUAGCGAUUUCUAAUCGUUUUGUUUUGUUUCGUUAUGAACAGAUUUUCUUAAACGCGAUCAAGUAACCAGAAUAAAACACCUUAUACCACAUAGAGCUUAAUGGUUCGCGGCAAAUCGUUAGAGCAGUUGAAAUCAUAUACAAAUGUCAGAGCACUAUUGGUUGAUAAUUUGAUACGAUUGAAUAAUUUGUUCAUGACGUGAAGAAUCCAUAUUUCACCGCACAAGUAUACCAACUGAAAUAAAAAAAAAUCUCUUUGAACAUGCCUCCAGGGACAGCAAAAUUGAGGAAUUUUCCGUACUUUUCAUUAACUCCUGUUCAUUACCCCGAUUCACAAUGAUAAGAAAAAGUUAUUGAAAACUUACUAUUUACAGUUUUGUAAAUUGCAGGUAGGGUUUUAUGAACAGCUACAAAGUGAACACAAAAAAAACUAAAAACAUAUUAUUGUUAGAUAAACCAACAAAAUGGGCUGUGAUUUCAAAUUAUGAUUUGCAAACACUACAACCAGAUACAUAAAACCCUACUUAAACAAAUGCUGCUGAUGUUUGUUUUGUUUCUACUUAUAUAUCGUAACAGUGCAUUUGCUUUUCUUGUUUGUAUCCCUCAAUUAUUAGCAAUGCUUGUGUGUCGUUAAAUACUUUUUUUUCUAAGGAUUGUUUGCUUUUAUUGACCAUCGUCCCAUAAUAAAACAAAUAAUCAUCACUAUCCCUAAAGGUUUGCAGAAAGCAUCUUAUGCUAGAAUGCAUGCAGCAGCUCGAGUGGGACGAACAAACACAUGAUUAUUUAAUCCCGUGCACCUAAUAUGUAAAAUCGGUCUUACCUUUGCCAAAUUAUUCAGAAAAGAUUGCGAGAUUAAGAUCAAAAAGAGGUUACCGUUCGGUAGCACUUUUACCAUCAACUAGACAAAUUAAACAACAGUUCAACCUGUACAUAGAUGUAAAAUCAAUGCAGCCGUUUUUCUCUCACUCUACUCUACUUAUAUAAGUAUUACUUACUGCAAUCCCUCUUUAGCAUACCUAGAGCGAGUCUAACUUAUACGGCAGCCAUUCUUAGGUGAACACGGACGCAUUUACAUUAGAUGCGUCUAACUAUGCAUUGAAAGCCAUAUCAGUUACUGAAACUAAAAGUUUCGUUUUCAAUUGCUAGUAGGGAAUGCGAAAAACAAAGAGCAGUUUGUCAAUGUGCUACAAACAGCACACCGAUGUAACUCAACCCAGAGCCAUAUUGCCCGCGUUUUGUGCGUGAAGUUUAGUGUCAAGGAAUCCUCCACAGGACAAAGCCAUCGCUUACCCAACAUUGCUAGAUUUAAAAAAUCACCACUCUAAUCGCCCUUUCUAUUUGAUGCGAAACAAACGAUAAAGUGAAAGUCCCCACAUUAUAGCAGAGCAAGUUAAAAACAAAGACUAGUCAAAUAAUUAUUAAAAAGCAAGUAAGAUCACCAAUGAAUCCACAUAUAAAAUACUUGAACAGAUAAAUGAAAAAAUACAAACACAAACAAAGUAUGAAUGAAAAAAUGGACUACAGCCCAACGAACGUGAACCCACCUUCUUCGAGAGAAAAAACUGUGAAACUUUUCCGUCAGGUUUGAUUUUUCUCUCACCAAUCUAUAUGUCUCUCUAGCCAGGGUACUUUCAUUUGUAUCCCUCCCUAAGCUGCCUCCCUGAAACUAAACGUAGUUAGUGUGUCCUCCCUUCUCAAGGUUAUCUACAUUUCCGCAAAUCUCUGAAUGUGUUAUUUAACUAACGAUUACAGUAAAAUUCGGUUGAACAUAUGAUAACAUAACAAUUUUACCUUUCAUUAAAGAAUCAUACUUUUAUGCCUCCUUGUUUUCUUUACGCUUGAAAAAUGGAAUGAUUUUUAUGAAUGUGAAAUCUCAUGUUUCACAUACAAAUACAAGUUUGAAACAAUUUUAAGAUCUAUACCUUGCAUCUGUAAGAUCCUUUAAUACCUUUUUUCUCACAAAACAUCUUAUACCCAGAGUUUGUGACAAAAUCUUGACUGGGAGAUGGGAGUGACAAAGUAGCAUCGUGCUAAGCGCAAAGCGAAGGUAAUAUUUAGUAGUAAGCAAAGAUGGCGCAACAUUAUUACAGCAUGUAGUAGCCACUAUGACAUGAUUUUUUAUUAUCUGUAGGCCACGAUUAAUGCCCAGUACACAUAGUUCUGACGACAAAAGUAGGUGAAUUUAACACCCGUAUCAAAUCCGUACUGAAACUGUAGCUCAGUUGAUAAUAUCCACGCGAGAAACUAUCUUGUCGGAAAAAAUAAAACCAUUCUCAUAAAAUUUUAAAAAUUUUAGGGGUUUACAUUUUCGCUGUUCAAAAGCUACGCUUAAUGUAACUAAUUUGUUUCAUCGUAUAGAAAACUCAAAUUAUUUUUUCUUAUGCACAUGACAUGGGAAAAAACUCUCCAAAUUAACUAGAAAAUUACAGUUUUGGUUCUUUAAGUUUACUAUGCAAAGAAAUUUUUAAAAUUAUUUGCAAAUUCUAUUCAAUUUUAAUGUAGAGACAGCUUAACUUUAGCAAACAGGGAUAAUUCGAUUCACUUACCAAAAUCUAUGCUCCACGCCACCAACACGAUAGUAUACACAUGAAUCUAUAUAUAAAUAUACAUAUAUACACCAACAUGCGUAUAUACACAUAUUUAGAAAUAACAUUAUUAUAUACAUUUACCGUGCAAAAAACGCGUGUACACACAUACAAAAACAACACAACCACAAAAAAUAACAUAGAAAAAACCACAAACCCAACAAAGUAGAAGUAAACGAAAAUCACAAGUGAAACAUUACAAACCAAAUCACGAACCAAAGCUAUGGUCGUCCUUUCUCCGGGUGGAGAAACUGGACACUGCAGACCCUAGCAAGACAAAAGAGAAUGGAUUACUACACCAUUACGAGGAAAGUUAUUUUAAGUCUUCAACUAGCUAAGAAACGAUAAAGGAAGUGCGUAAUGAAAUAACAGUUGGAAAACAGAUUGCGAGUGUAUUUGUGUGUGUGCGAGCAGUGUGAGCACUGUUAAUGGGAUGCUCAUUUUUUCACAUGCAAUCACCAUUUGUAAAGGAACAAACACAGAUCCUGGCAGGAGGGCCCACUGAUCACACACGCACGAAUGAAUCCCUUAUCUUGUUUACCUAUAACUAGAAAUACAAAUCUGUUUAAAGCUCUUUGCAAGAAAAACAAUUCAUGACAGAUAAGAAACAUUGUAAAAAUCUAGGAUACAGGGUAUUUCUUGCAAUUAUUGAAAAUAAUGAGAAAUUAAAUACUUAUAGGAGAAAAACGCAUGUUGAAUAGAAAAGAAGGGAGAGAUUAAAACAUAACUUACAUUUUUAAAUACUAUUACAAAACUUAUUAUUAUUGCGAAUUGAAAAACGUAAAAGUCAUCAUUAUACAUUUUUGCUAACAUAAUUCCUAUCAUUAUUCUCUUUCACAUAAACACACACACACAGACACACUUACACUCACACACACAAACACGUACAUUAUUACCACGAAGACGGAAUGGUUCAGUUAAUCAACUCGAUUUAAAGUUUUAGAAGAAGGGUUCUACUGAAAAAUGAAAUAAAUAACAAAACCAUUUACACAACGCAUUAAUCCAUACUAUUCUAUAAAUUUAAUGAACAACAAAACUCAUUAAACAUUUAACAACUAACACACUUAAAUCGUGCGAUCUUACGUAAUAGAGAAGCAAAUAAAGCUCGAUUGUUGAAACAAAAAAAGAAAACAUAAACGUUUUUUAGAUACGACCCUCCGACGAAUUUUAUUGCUCCUACUUUCUUCUUCUAUUGUCUACUAGUGAUUCAUACGUUUUAAUUCAGUAGCCUUUAGACGUUCAUGCCUGUGAAUAAGAGUCACAAAAAGGGAAAACGAUAUGAUGUUUAAAGAAAUUAGUUUUGUGAUAUGAAUAUUUAUAAAGAAUAUUAAUAGUACUAUUAAAAUGAUACUUAAAAUAACAAACCCGAAACAUCUUUAUGAAUUUGCUAAUGGAAAAGAAACACAGGAAAAAUAAAAAACAAAGUAGAUUUGACAACAAGUCGUAGGCAGGUCGUCUACCGGUAUAGAAAGGAACAGAUAAAGAAAAAGUGCAUGCGGAUGAGGAUGGGAAGAACAUGCCAGUACACAAUAAAAUGUGGAUGGAUUUACAUUUUAUUAUAACGACACAAACACUCUAAACACUUAACAAGAGCGAUAUACUUACAUCAGAGAUUUAUUUAUUUCAAAUCAAAUCGCCAGUGAGUGUAUUUAUUUCAGCGAAUACCAGUAUUGUCAAGUUUUGAAAGGAGCAACAUCUUCGAGCAAACAUCGGAGUUGUAGCCCUUUUCAUAAGAACAUUUACCAUUGGCAUUAGUAAAUUAUUUUUUAUUUUAUUUUUUUCAAAAUGUUAGCAGUAAUAUUGCAGAAAACAACUCAGCGCUCAAUAAUGGAUCACCUAUAUGCGACGAAUUGGCUAGAGAGAUGGUGUAUUUUUUUCUAACCAAAGGGCAGUAAACGCUCAGGAUUAUCCGGUGCAUUAGGCUAUUGUUCACUCAUCUGUUGCUACUUCAUGGGGCUCAUUAGUACCAUGAGGAAUAAUUUUCAAUGUGAUUCAAUAUUUUUGAUCAUUAAAAACAGCUUCAAAUGACUUUAGUAGUAUCAGUUUCUAUAACACCUUUAUCAACGUUAGACUUACGAACACAACAAUGCUACAGUUCACAAAAGACCGAUAAUACGCAACUAGAUCCUGAUAGCUCGUAGGCAGCCAAUGCAGUGAUGGUGCAUCACGUUUAAAAUUAAAUAUCAAUCAAAGAGAAGCCAAAAGCGAGCAGAAAAGAAAAUGCCCAUUUACUAGAGAGGGAGUGUGUUGUCUGCAGAACUCCGAUGCGUAGCACCAUAACAAGUAAAAAUAAGAAGGUGCAAAAGAUGAAAAAGAAAUAUAUAUACCAUAUAUACAAAGAAAUUCUUUAAAAUUUCACUUAACAAAAUAACACAAUGUGGAGACACCUGUACAUUGCGAAAUUUAACGCUUUGAAAACGAAACAAAAAAUAUAUAUGAAUGAUAAUUUAGUAUAUUUAGUAUAACAAAGAUCGUACACGAUAACCCUUAGAAGCAAAGCCGCAAAUUCAUAAGUUGUCUCGUGAGAAGCCUAACCUAGCGAUGGGAAUGAUAAGGUUCACAGAGAAAUAAGAAACGGUGUAAAAGGCGAAGAAAGAGAAGAGUACCAACACAUACGGUUAAUACUGGAAAGCAAACAAACAAAAAUCUUAUUAAAUUAAACCAAAUUUUUAGACAAAUUUACUUUGUUUUCUUUCUCCUAACAUUGAGAAAAGGACAACUUGUGGUGGAGUUUAAACAUCUGAUAAUCGUUGACAAUUUCACCAACUUUCACCUGCACGAGACUAUAAAAACCAUCCAUUAUCCUCAAGUGUAGGUAAUGCACACUGCUUCGGUUCGAAUUGACAUCUCGUUUAUCGUUCAUUUUCUUAAAAUCUUGAUUUAUAUGUUAUGUAAAAUGUCCUGGAGAAAUUGGAAAAUUUGGCUUAAUCGUUCAAACCAUAUCAAACAUAUUACUAAGUAAUCGAUCGUUUCUUCGACGAAACUACGGUAAAUGUGUCAUGGUGGCAGAGAGAAGUUUGUUUUUUAACUUAUUGUGGUAUUUUCAUUUCAAAAAUCAGUUUUUAAAUGUGAUAUGAGUGUUAUAAAAAGCAAACAUGCAACAUCUAAAGAACGCACAAGAAUUAUAAGUACAAUAAAUGUUUUGUAAGGUUAUAUACAACAUAAAGUUUGUUUGGAGCAAAUGUUUUAAGUCAUAGUAUGUACCUAAAAACAACAAAACAGAAAUGGAAUCACAUUUUAUUCUUUCAUUAACAAUUGUGAAAUUUCCAACGCAAAAUAUAUGAUUUAGUACUGAAAAUUUGUUAAAUGGUGCUUUUUUGUUCAAACAUUUAACAUGAAGUACAUUUAAAAACGUCUUUGUUUCAUUUAACUGAUGAAAACAUGAAUGAAAAGAUAGACAACCAAACAACCGAAAUAAGAAGAGAAAGUAAGCAAGAGUAGACACAAAAUAAUUAAUGGGAAACUUUAAUUAUUACGACAAUAUGGUAUUAUAAUAAAAUAAUAUAAAGAACAUUGAAAUGAAGCCUUAAACCAUGUAUAUGCUACAUUAAAAGCCGACUGUGCACGACUUAAUUAAAAGAUGAAACGAAACUUAUUCAAAGCAGCAACAUUUGCAUACACACAUACACGUGCGCUUUCAAAGAACCACUUACACUUUCACCAUCACACUCACACAUCAAGUGGGAAUGGGAAACCAACCGAUAGUUACAAGUGGAGUCAUCGAAAGCACCAUUAAGACUCCGCAGUCGUUUCGCUAUCUAAUUCUAAACCCAUGUAAAUUCACCACCACCAAGACCCACAAACAAAACAUCAGCAACAUCACCAACAACUACUACUACGACCAUAUUGAAUGGUUUCAAUCAAAGAAUUUUCUCUUUAAAACUUUAAAACGAAUUAUAAGACAAAUUGCACUGCUGUAAUGCAGCGAAACAAAACGAACAAAGCUGCAGUAGUGCCGUGCAUUGGGCACUGGAGGGGCACAACUUUAAAACAAACACAAAUAUCCUAAACACUACUAUUAUAAUGGUAUCAUUAAUUAUUCUCUCUCCCUCUCUAUCUCUCUCUUCCUCUCUAUAUCUUUGCGAUUCGCAAAAUUUGCGUAAGAUAACGGUAGCACAGGGAUCGACUGUUACUAUUAAUUUAAAUUAUGAAGCCGGAUGAAUGUUAUUCGUUUGGGAUAUUUAUUAAUCUUAUAUGAUUGAAAGUCUCGAAUGUAGUGAAACUACUUUAGCGAUUGUAUCAUACUGGUGGCAACUUUAUCUACUUCAUUUUUUUAUAUUACAAGCUAGACCGGCGAGUGCAUUUUGCUGUUUAGUUUUUUUUUUUGUAGCACAACAUAACACACAAUAUUCGUCUGUUAAUACUGCUUCUACCUUCCGUAGUGUACGUUUGAAUACAUUUGAUAAACUACCCCAAAACUUGCAGAAUCAUCUCAUUUAAAUGAGAAAAUUUGUUUGUUGGCCAACAUAAUUAGUACACUUUUUUCACAACUGAAUCUGAAAAACCAAAUCUGAUUUUUAAUCAAACUAAAACUGAAGAGAAGCUAAAACAAACAUGAAAAGCAGCUGAAAUGCGAAAACCCAGAGGUAUCCGCAAAAGGCAUAUACAUAAAUAUAUAUUUAUAAUGGAUAAGAAUUAUUUAUAUCGAAAAUCAUACAGAGCGGUAAACAUAAUACACCGAUACUCACACAAAACACAUUACAGUGUGAACCUAGACGAACAGCAUCAAACAUGAACUAAAUCUUAAGUACAACAGUAUUAGAUAUUCUAAUGGCAAGUUCAGCUAGCAAAAAUGGAACGAUAGAGGUAUUUGGUUUUGGUUUCCUCCUAACAAUCCUGCUGGUAGCUACGUUUUGAGAGCAGUCAAAUGAUGUCCCGUCUCUCAACAUCAUAGAGUGAUUACUGCAGUGAUUGCUUAACAAGAUUCACCACGUAUUAGUAGAAUUGUAAAGGGAAUGAAUAAAAAAAUAACAACAAAAACUAAUUUGCUAAAACUGUAGAAAAUGCAUACACAAACACAUGAUCUCUCAAGGUAAUGCGACACGAUGCUAAACUAAACCAUAUCAAUCAGGUACUAAAACUAACACAGACUCUAGAGACAAAACGGAAAAAGGUGCAAUAUAAGCAGCCAGGCCAAGAUCCCACGUGCUACAUUUGAAAAUUAAAUGUACAUUUUAUUCACCACACGCAAUUCGAAAAGGGUGGUGUAACAUGUGUCAGAAUCUGCGAAAUUCAGUUUUUGUAUGCUUUAGUUUAUUCAAACAACGGCAGUAACGAAUUGCUUGACUUUUGUUUCAAAAGUUAGAAAGAGAGUAAUGCCAUACAGGCGGAAACUUAAUUUUGCAAUUUUUGUUCUGGCAAAUAUUCUUCUACACUUGCAUCCUUCACUAAUUCAUUCAUAGCUACCAAGCUUAAAGUACUUCAUGAAACAGUCACCUAGACAAAAUAACAAAAUAAAAUGGCGUUGUUGAGCUAUAUUUCAAAGAAUCCCCAUAAAUACAAUGCUUUUAAAAAAGUAUAUACAAUCGUACAAGAACGCAAACCACGAAAAAACAAUUCUCUGAGAAAACACAACAAUUGAAUAAAGUACAUACACCUCUUUUAUUUAAUGUUAACCAAUUAACUAACUAACUAAAAAACUACUUCACUUUUAAGUUUUUUUAAAUAAACUUAAUAAACAGUCAAGUUUAUGCACAGUAUGAAAGUACAUAUUCGAUUAAAAGCAUACUUAAAAGAGAAGAUUAACCGUUGGCCUUUUACCACACAUUUCGCACUGUGUUAUCUUUGUUGUGGCGAAACAUGUGGAAGCUAAAAACAAAAUUUGAUAAAACGGAUAAAAGAUCUGAAAGUGGGAGAGAGAAUUUGGUUAUUAAACGGUUGAUACCUUUUCGUGAGAAAUACUUGAAUAUUUUAUAAAAUUGAUUACAAAUCUUUGCAAUCCUGCAAAGAAUUCACUUAAUUAACUACAAAACUCACAUGCACACAAACACUUAUACAAGAAGAAUUCUAGAAAUAGCUAUGUACGAUUUUCAUUACACCAAACAUUCUAUUUUACUUCCAUCUCGUUCAUAGUGUUAUAAUAAGCUUUAUUUUCAUUUGUUAAUAAAUAGCUUAGAUUAGAAGCUAAACCAUAUAGAGUCGAACGCUCGCGAAACAAAGCAUCAUGCAGGGCCCGUUUAGGUGACAUCAGUAAAUGCCAAAAUCAGUUAGUAAGAAUAAUGAAACACGUAUAAGUCUGUGGAACAAGGAUGCUCGCCGUGACGUUUUCAGAUUAACGCACUUUGGCGAAGCAUACCACUGAUUCGGAUUACAGUGAGUAGCGGAAGGGUUAGCAAACAUUUCGACUGAGGUCUAUGAACUACGUAUAAGCAACCAGCAAAAACGGAUGAAUAAUUAAGUGGUAAAACAACACGCGAGAACUGAUGCCGGUGCAAGAAGUAUUAAGAUGAUUUAACGAGAAAUAAAAACUAAACCUUGCACUGUCAAUCACGGGGGAAGUAAAUACUUACUAGCAUGCAGAAGGAAGAAUCUAAUGGCGCAAAUAGUGAAGCACAUACUUUAUAGUAUGCCACAUGUCCUAGAUAUUGAACAUUUGCAAAACCGCUGCUAAAAGCUAACAGAAGAAUGAAAUGAACAAGAACGGAUUACAAUACUAAACAAGCUACACUAGCGUGAAGGACACGCUUCUUUAUGAAAUUACUUGCAUUCUAAUUAGUGAAUUUAAUGGGACAAGUAGAGGAAUAAAUGCUGUAACAAAACAACUUAAAGAGAUGGUGAAUUACACAAAAGUAUUUAAGUACUUAUUAUCAAUUACUUAUUAGUACGAGAUAAAUACACAGCAACCAACCACAACAAAAACCCAAAACUCAAUAAAAUUAAAACAAAAACCAUGCUCUUACUAAAUUACAACUCAACUGCAGAUACAGCAAAAAGCAUUGACACAGUAAAAAGAAAGGCGCAACAUAUUUGCAAUGCGAUACAUGCUUAAUAAUAUACACGUCACACCUUCUUUUUGUUGCAACACACACUCAUUCAGCAAACCAUGAUUAGUGUGGUUGCACUACAAAAGUGAACAAACUAAGUCUAACUAUGAUUAUUAUUAGUAUAUUUAUUGCUAACAUCACUACACUAGAAAAUAAACAGGUAAGAAGUGAACAUAACCGUUCGAGGUAUAGUUGGUGAAUACUGAUAUAACGCGAAAACGCUAGACAAAAAGUGCAGGACAUAGCCAACAACAAAAAAAAGGAAUAACACGGAUCAUUAAAAUAUUUUGUAGUUAAGAGGACCCACUUAACGCAUGUGUUGGUCAGUGUCAUCGAGUUGUCACUGAUAGACAUUCACUAAACGCGGUAAUGCUAGAAGUAUAAGAGGAAUUUACAGGAUAGCUGCCUGAUAGUCUAGGACUACUACUAUGAGAGAAAAAAAAACAAACACAAAA